CUCCCUUGGGCGCCUGCUGCCCUCUCUCUGCCCCGUCCGUUGCAGGCACCAUGAAGCUCUCGCUGUUGCUGGCCAUGGCGGAGAAGUUCGCGCCCCCGUGGGCCUCCCGAUCCGGCCUGGCGCGGCCGGGGUCCGCCGCCGACCGGAGGGCGCAGAGGAGGAAGACCCCCGCGGGGCCCGUCCGGGAGGAGGACUGGAAGGUCUUCCGCGGGGACACGGUGCAGAUCCUGACCGGGAACGAGGCGGGCAAGCAAAGCCAGGUCACCAAGGUCGACAAGGAGCGCAACUCGGUGGUGCUGGAUCGCCUCAACCUGAGUUACCACUACGCAGAUAGCACCAAGGAAGGCCGGGUCAUGAUUGCCACAGAAAAGCCGCUGCCCUUGGAGGAUGUGGCCCUGGUUGACCCCACUGAUAGGCUGCCCACCAAAGUGCUCUGGCGCUACACGGAACAGGGCGAGCGCGUGCGGGUCUCCAUCCGGACGGGCAGAAUCAUCCCGAAACCUAUCGAGCAGAGAGAGGACGGCAUUGUUCCCGAGCUGUGGGUCGAUGGACCCAAGGACACCUCGACCAAGGAUGUCCUGGAGAAGACGUACACUCCCUCCUUGAAGACGUUCCAAGAGGAAAUUAUGGAGCUGAUGGGAAUUGUAGAGACACGUCGGCACAGGAAGUCCUACUGGUAUUAAGGCUUCUGCUUCUCCAAGGCCAGCCUCGCUUCCAACAGCCGUAUAAGAGAACCACCCCCCACCCAUGGCAGGGGUGCGAGCCUGCCUUGCUUUGGAGUGUCCUCCCUUCUCCAGGGAAGGGGAUGCAGCAGUGCAAUUAGCAGGAGUCGGAGGACCUCUGUGCACACGUGGGCGUUAAAGGGCCAUCUUUUAUCAAAGGCUAAGAGGCAAUCAACAAUAAAUAUCCCUUAUAGAAAAACAA